AUGGGUGUCUCUAAUCUGAUGGCCCGGCUCAAGCCCCAGGCCGACCAGCCCGAACACCAGGAGCACUCCGAUACUCCUACUCCUGUCAGAGCCGACUCCAACCUGGAGAAGGAUAAUGUCAUGCUUGACGACAGCCCCGUCAAGUACCUGACAUGGCGGUCCUUCAUCCUGGGUUUGUGUGUCUCGAUGGGUGGCUUUAUCUUCGGUUACUCAACCGGUCAAAUUGCUGGCUUCACAACUAUGAAUGAUUUCAAGGUCCGCUUUGCGGAACAACAAGCUGAUGGAACAUACGCUUUCAGCAACGUGCGCAAUGGUUUGAUUGUCGGUCUGUUGUCCAUUGGUACUAUGAUUGGUGCCCUCGUCGCUGCUCCUAUCGCCGAUCGCAUUGGUCGCAAAUACUCUAUCUCCUUCUGGUCGGUGGUCCACAUGGUCGGUAUCAUCAUUCAGAUCGCUACCUCCGACAACUGGGUCCAAGUUGCUAUGGGUCGUUGGGUGGCCGGUCUGGGUGUCGGCGCUCUGUCCAGCAUCGUCCCCAUGUACCAGAGUGAGUCUGCUCCUCGCCAGGUCCGUGGUGCCAUGGUCAGCGCCUUCCAGCUGUUCGUUGCCUUCGGUAUCUUCAUCUCUUAUCUGGUCAACUUCGGUACCGAAUCCAUCAACGGUACCGCUUCCUGGCGGAUCACUAUGGGCAUCGGCUUCGCCUGGCCCUUGAUCCUGGGUGUUGGCACUUUGUUCCUUCCCGAGUCGCCCCGUUUUGCCUACCGUCAGGGCCGUGUCGAAGAAGCCCGUGAGGUUAUGUGCAAGCUUUACGGCGUCGGCUCUAACCACCGGUGUAUCGCCCAGGAGAUGAAGGACAUGAAGGACAAGCUCGAGGAGGAGAAGUCUGCCGGACAGGCUGGCUUUUUCGAAGUCUUCACUGGUCCCCGUAUGUUCUACCGUGUCAUGCUGGGAAUUGCUUUGCAGUCACUGCAGCAGCUUACUGGAGCCAACUUCCUCUUCUACUACGGUAACACCAUUUUCACUUCUACCGGUCUGAACAACAGCUACGUCACUCAAAUCAUUCUGGGUGCCGUCAACUUCGGCAUGACCCUUCCCGGUCUCUAUGUCGUUGAGCACUUCGGUCGUCGUAACAGUCUGAUGGUCGGUGCCACCUGGAUGUUCAUCUGCUUCAUGAUCUGGGCCUCCAUCGGUCACUUCGCCUUGGACUUAGAGAACCCUCCCAACACCCCUCAGGCUGGUACUGCUAUGAUUGUCUUCACUUGCUUCUUCAUCGUCGGCUUCGCCACUACCUGGGGACCUAUUGUGUGGGCUAUCUGUGGUGAGAUGUACCCUGCUCGCUACCGUGCCGUCUGCAUUGGUCUUGCCACUGCUGCCAACUGGACUUGGAACUUUUUGAUCUCUUUCUUCACCCCCUUCAUCUCUAGCGCUAUCGACUUUGCCUACGGUUACGUCUUCGCAGGCUGCUGCUUCGCUGCCGUGCUCGUCGUCUUCUUCUUCGUCAAUGAGACCCAGGGUCGUACCCUUGAGGAAGUCGACACCAUGUACGUCCUCCACGUCAAGCCCUGGAAGAGUGCCGGCUGGACGCCCCCGGAGGGCAUCGUCCGCGACCUCCACGGACCCCCCGCUUCCCCCAAGCAGGAGGGUCGGGCUGAGCACAGCGAGCCCGCCACCGAGAUCCGCGAGUAA